AUGUCCACCCCCAACGAUCUCCAGGCCCUGCUGGCCAGCAUUCGGCCUAGACCUUCACCAUCGAAUGCUCAACUUCAGGAGAACCCUCAUUACCAGCGGCCUCAGCAGCCUCAGCAGCCUUACCAGCAGCCCUACCCUCAGGGCAUGUUCCCGCCACACCCUCAGCACCCCCAGCACCCCCAGCAUCACCAGCAGCAGCCGUACGAUGGUCAGAGCUUCCCCCAUCCCCAGCUGCACGGUUAUCACCAUCCUUCGGUUUCUUCGGCCAUUUACAGUCCUUCCCCUGUGAAUACUCCACCUCACCAUGGCUCGGACAUCCUCAGCCCUAAUGUGCCGACUCCCCGUGCUGAGUGGCAGCAGCAGCCCUACGCGCCGCCGCCACCUCGCCAGCAAGCAAACCAGGAUAGCGCUGCUAGCCUGCUCAACCUGCUGAGAUUCAGCCAGGGUCCUGGUGCUGUUGCUCAGCCUGUCCAACCUGUCGCCACCGAGCAGCCUCGAUCUCCCUCCGUUCAGGAGCCGGUCCCGUCGCACGGACGAAACAUUUCCGCGUCAGACUUGGUAGCCACCCUGUUCGACCAGAAGGCGGCUGCUGCAGAGCCUCCAGCCGCUCCCGCAGAUGCACCGGCACCAGCUCCUCCUGUUCAGCAGGAGGGUCCUAGUGAAAACACUCAGGACAUGUUGCUACGCCUGCUCAACCGAGCUCAGCCUGGCCCGGCUGUAGUGGAGGCACCCGCUUUGGUUCCCGCUGAUCAGCAAACUUCUCCCCACCAAGUCCUAGAUGGUCAUGUGUCGGUGUCGGACAAGGGCAUCGAGAGCAGUUUUGAAAUCUUGGACGUCAGCCCUGAGGAGAUUGCGAAGCCGGAAACGGUCGCAUCCCCCUCUAAGGACUCCAUGUUCACCUAUAUCAAUCCGUUCGAUCAGCUGGCUGCCAUCUCUCCUCAAAACAAGUCUCCGCAGUCCGCUUCCGAUACCGAGGCCCCAGUUGUGGAAGUGACUACGAAGGAGAAGGUCAAUGUCACUGCUACCAUUGAACCACCUGUCGCUCCCCAAGUGGCACGCCCUCCGAAGCGAAACCAGUCGCCUAUCUUGGAGCCUGAACAGCGGAAGGCUAUGAAUGAUGUUGUCAACCGUCUCGUGGGUGAAAUCGGUCGCUCCAUCAAUGGCACUGAUUCCCAGCGUGAGGUUGAGUUGAACGUCGAAGUUCCAGCCACCCGGGCAAGAGAACCCGAAGAUCUUCUCGCGUCCAUUCGCAACCACAUGCGUGAGACUAUCGCCAGAGCUGAAGAGGUUCGCGCUGAGGUUGAGAACCAAGAUGUUCAAGAAGCCACACAGCCUGAAAGAGACAUUGAGCCCGCCAAGGAGGCUGUUAUUGACAGUGCCCCCGCUCCUGUUGGCCAGAAUGGCAAUGAAACUGCCGAGGCCCUGCUUGACAGCUGGGAGAGCGCUGAAGACAGCGCCGAGAAGGACGAAGAACGUGUGAUUUCUGUUCACAACUUCCCUCUUCGACCCUUCAUCUCGAUCACCGUGAAGCCGGCCACUGCCAAGCUUGUGGAGUUCCGUGAUGAUGGCAUUAUGGACAUUGCCCGUCUCAAGAAGGAGUUUGACCAGCUGGAUCGUUCGCUGACCGCAGCGACUUCGGACUACAUUGUGUACGCUCUUGCAAAGACUGGCGGUAUCAGAAUCAUUCGUCAGGACGACGGAAGUGACCGACAGGUCUUCCGUGCUACCCGUGACCGUGUGUUCAAUGUCUCUCUUUGCACUACUCACGCGACCUCUGGCCAGUCUGAGGUCCAAGCCAUUCUCGGCAUUGGUGUCAGCGGUGCUGUCUACUGGGCCUUGAUUUCCAGUGUUGGAAAGGAUCUAUUCGAGCAGGAUGCUCUGGAAAGCGAAAGCUUGAUCUUCCCGCCCUUCCCUGCCUCUGACGAGAAUACUUCUGGCGGCCAGCUGAAAACGCGGGCCAAGAGAAGCUCUCGUCACCCCGACCUCUUUGCCAUUGGUCGUGGCAAGAACAUCUACGUGAUCUCUCCCCAGGCGGCUAUGUCUGCUGCUUACGGUGUCGCUGGUUCCCAGCGCACUGUCAACACCGAGAAGUUCUUCAAGGAGCGCGCAUUGAAGAUCUCAACUGGCAAGGCUGGAAAGGACUUUGCCUUCAGUGACGAUGACACUGUCAUUGCCUCUCUCGACAAGACCGGUCGUUUGCGUUUCUGGGAUAUCAGCGAUAUCCUGGAUAACCCUUCCUUCCUCGAGGGCCAGGCCCCGACGGAGGUUCGGGUGCCCCUCAACACCUUCGUCACCGGUUCGCCUGCUGAGAAGUCUUGGCCUACAUCUGUGCUGUUCCUCGAUAAGCUUCGCGCGUACUCGCGCGCUAUGGCAUUGCGCUACGUUCUAGUGGGUCUCAAGCAGAACCACACCUUGCAGCUCUGGGAUAUUGGGCUAGGCAGGGCCGUGGAGGAGGUCAAGUUCCCCCACGAGAACGAGUCAGAUGCCAUCUGCAGCGUCGCGUACCACCCUGCAUCAGGCAUCAUUGUCAUUGGUCAUCCCACGCGCAACUCGAUCUACUUUGUGCACCUGUCUGCACCUCGCUACAACCUGCCGGCCAUGUCCCAGGUGGCGUUCAUCAAGGCUGCCACCGACAAGGAUAGUACUCUGCCCAAGCCCGAAUCGACUGCUUGCCUGAGUGGAAUCCGGGAGAUCUCUCUUGGUUCCAAGGGUCAGCUGCGAAGCCUGGAGCUUCUGCCGAUUACCAAGUCUGCUGCUGAUAAGCGCGGUACUGAGGAGACCGGCUUGUUCGAGCUGUAUGUCAUGCACUCGCGUGGUGUUACCUGCCUGAACAUCAAGAAGGAGGAUCUAGGCUGGACUGAGGACAACAAGGUCUCUCGUGCUAUUGAUGGGUUGGAAGCUGGUUCUAUCGAAAUUUCUGAUCUCCAGACCUUCCCAAGCUACGUCACUGAUGAGCCCUCUAUCAAUGGGGACACUGCGUCAAACCCGUCCCGCUCUGCCAAGGAGGCGGCAGUCAAGAAGGCAGACACCGUUGACGCGACUGCCGGCAUUGCCCCAUCGCGCAACGCGUCCCCCACCAAGGCUGCUCCCAAGAAAAAGUUUGCUGAGGAGGCGGCCAAAGAUCAGACUGAGGCUCCCAGUAGCGCGGAGAAGUUUGACAAAAAGAAAAAGAAGAAGUCACCUGCCCUCACUUCUGAGACGAACGUGAAGGCUAAGGAGCCAACUGCCACAGUCGGUGUCGAACCUCUUCCCACUCUCACCCACAACGAGACCCUUGCAUCAUCCACCCCAGCCAUGACCGCAGACGAUACCCACGACCGUGCCAUCCCGGCUGGUCUCACCUCUGGCCCAGUCCGCGCUGGCAUCUCCGACGAAGCUCUCAACAAGCACAUGGAGAGCCUUCAGACCAGCGUCUCCAAUGAGUUCAACAAGACCAUUGGCCGCGAAUUCGAAUCGCUCUACCGUCGCUUCGACGAUGAGCGCCGGAGUUGGGAUGCUGCCUCGUCCGCGAAACAGGAUCAAGUCCUCCGCCUCGUCUCCAGCACCCUUUCUGACAACGUGGAGAAGAAUCUGGCCCGCAUUGUGUCGGACAGCAUCCAGAAUGAAGUCCUUCCUACGAUUGCAGAUGCCACCUCUGCCGCCGUCGGCAAGCAGAUCGGUGCCGCCGUCUCUCAGCAGCUUGGCGGUGCGCUCAACGACGAGCUCCGUCAGGCCCUGCCUAAGGCUGUCAACGCUGCCGUGCAGCAGCCUGCCGUGUUGAAGACCAUCUCGGACUCUGUCAUCCUGAAGUUGUCGCCCCGUCUUGACACUGUUGUCCAGGAUGCCAUCGCGCCUCUGGUGGAGAACGCGACUCGCAGCACUCAGAAGGUUGAGGCUGAUCUUGACCAGUUCUUCCGCUCGCAGGUGAAGCAAUACGAGGCUCAGCGCCAGAGUGACAAUGCCAAGAUUGAUCACCUGUCUGCUGCCCUCCAGGAACUUUCAGCCAAGGUUUCGACUCUGCUUGGACAGCAGGCACCUGCACCUGCCCAGCCCUCGGGUGAUUCCGAGAUGCAUGCCAUCAUGAAGCUUUUCUUCGAGGACGGUAAAUAUGAAGCAGCAACUCUGAAGUGGAUCGAAUCCAGCCGCCAAGCCGACCUUUUCGACCUCCUCUUCACCCGUAUCGACCCGGAGUACAUGCUCAACCUGAACGUGAUGCUCAACCUCUCCGUCGCCGUGGCCGUGACCGUCUCCCUGGACACCAACAUCGCCAAGCGCCUCAAGUGGCUGGAGACCGUUCUCACCAUGGUCGAUCCCGAAUCGCGCCAAAACGCCGGAAUUCGCAUGUCCCUUGUCAGGAAUGAAGACCUGCGCCAGGUCGUCCCCAUUACGAUGAACAAACUCGGCCAGCGCCUCCACGGCUUCUACAUGACCGCCACCCAGGAGGCCAACCAGCAGAACAAGCCAAGCCCUGUGCUUGUUGACUGGGUUGUUCGGAUGAUGCACUUCACCCGCAAGAUUCUCGGCGACUACACUGCACCCGUUUAGCUUCUCAAAGGCUAACUACACGACGCUUUCCUGAAUUAUGUUUUCCACACGCAUCACCGGAGUCAACUUCGUCUUUCUGCAUGAUGUGUUACGAUACUUGAUGCAUGACAAACCUAAACGCAUGGACUGAAUGGAGACGAUACGCUCGGAGAGAGGUGGAUCUGGAUAUGGGGAUGAAUGUGAGCUGCGGGGAUGAAUUGCGAUAUGAUCCCAUGAGGAUGAUUGAUCUAAUCGGGAAGCUUGAACUCGGAUUCGUUGUCGAGCUUCGUAAUGCCGAGUCUUGUCAUGUUUAUGGUUAAUACCGGAUCGGGCAUUGUUCCUUUUUCUUUCUUUUUUUUUGAUGUGCAAUAGUGGUAGUUGUUGGGACUGGAACUUCUUCAUUGAAGAAAUUCUGGACCCUUAUCUAUCAAUGGUUUUUCUCCUGUUUUUUCAUUUGCUUUUUGUAUCAAUACCACCUGUGCGGUAGUUAUUGAUACCUGUAUCAAUGCAUGGCGUCGGGUUCACUAUGAAAUUUUUCUUGUAUCAAUCUUUGCACCGGGGGCAAGUCGUUAUGCCGUGUCGCGAGCGACCUGUUUCCCACAUACGACUUAGGUUCAAACGCU